GCGUGUCCCGUGGGGGCGUGGCUUGUCCCUCGCGCCCCUCCCUGGCUGGGUCCGUUAAGAAGGCUCUCCCUCCGCUGGGUCCGUCUGUCCCGGGCCUUGACCGCCUUCCCUCCGUCUGUCUGUCUGUCUGUCGGCCGGGGUCCCGAUGUCGUCGGAGGCGGAGGGCCAGUUCCGCUUGGCGGUGGACCGCGGGGGCACCUUCACGGACGUCUUCGCCUGGUGCCCCGGAGGCAGGGUCCGCGCCCUCAAGCUCCUCUCCAGGGACCCCGGCUACCAGGACGCCCCCACCGAAGGCAUCCGACGCCUCCUCCAGCAGGAGUGCGGCCUCCCCUUCCCCAAGGAGCGCCCCUUGGAGACCUCGCGCAUCGCCUGGCUGCGGAUGGGGACCACGGUGGCCACCAACGCCUUGCUGGAGCGCCAGGGGGAGCGGCUGGCCCUCCUCAUCACCAAGGGCUUCCGGGACCUCCUGCACAUCGGCAACCAGGCCCGGCCCCACAUCUUCGACCUGGAGGUCUCGGUGCCGGAGGUGCUGUAUGAGGCCGUGGUGGAGGUGGACGAGCGCGUGGUCCUGCACAGGGAAGGAUGCCCGCUCUUUGGCUCAGCCCAGCGGGUCACAGGUUUGACGGGGGAAUCCCUUUUGGUGGAGCGGCCGGUGGACCUGGGUGCCCUGCGAGGGGAACUGGAGGCGCUGUUGGCAAAGGGCAUCAAGAGCCUGGCGGUGGUCCUUCUCCACUCCUACCUGUGGCCGGAGCACGAGCGGAAGGUGGGGGUGCUGGCCCGGGAACUGGGCUUCCAGCAGGUCUCACUCUCCUCCGAGGUGAUGCCCAUGGUGCGGGCAGUGCCCCGUGGUUACACGGCCUGCGCAGAUGCCUACCUCACCCCUUGCAUACGGCGCUACCUGGACAGCUUCCGGGCGGGCUUUGCUUCCCAGCUACAGGGUGUGCCGGUCAUGUUCAUGCGCUCCGACGGGGGCCUCACCCCCAUGGCGGCCUUCAGUGGCUCCCGGGCCAUCCUCUCUGGCCCGGCUGGGGGAGUUGUGGGCUACGCCAUGACCACCUACCGCCGGGCAGAAGGCCAGCAGCAGCCCAUCAUUGGCUUCGACAUGGGAGGGACUUCCACGGAUGUGAGCCGCUACGCCGGGGAGUAUGAGCACGUCUUCGAGGCCACCAUGGCUGGCAUCAGCAUCCAAGCCCCACAACUGGACAUCAACACAGUGGCCGCAGGGGGCGGCUCACGGCUCUUCUUCAGGUCUGGGCUCUUUGUUGUUGGCCCCGAAUCGGCCGGUGCCCACCCUGGGCCUGCUUGCUACCGGAAGGGAGGUCCACUGACCGUGACGGAUGCCAAUCUCUGCCUGGGUCGCCUUCUCCCUGAUUACUUCCCUCGCAUAUUUGGGCCAAACAAGGAUCUGCCCCUCUCGCCAGAAGACGCACUACAGGGAUUUCGGAAGCUCACCAACAGUAUCAACGCCUUCCUGGGUGAUGGGUCGUCCCUCAGCGUUGAAGAGGUGGCCAUGGGCUUCAUACGGGUGGCCAAUGAAGCUAUGUGCCGGCCUAUCCGGGCCUUGACGCAGGCCCGGGGCCAUGAUACCUCCCGGCAUGUGCUGGCCUGCUUUGGCGGAGCAGGAGGGCAACACGCCUGCGCUAUUGCCCGGGCGCUGGGCAUGAGCAAAGUCUUCAUCCACAAGCACAGUGGCAUCCUCUCCGCCUAUGGCCUGGCACUGGCGGACGUUGUCCAUGAGGCCCAGGAGCCCUGCUCUUUGCCCUACGGCCCUGAGGCCUUUGCCCAGCUGGAUGAACGGAUCGCUGCUCUGGAGCAGGAGUGCAUGGAGGCCCUGGAGGGCCAGGGCUUUGCCAGAUCCCAGAUCAACACAGAGCCCUUCCUCCACCUGCGCUAUGAGCGGACAGACUGUGCCCUCAUGUGCUCCGCCAAGGGCCACCCGGCCACCCCCAACUCCUGCCGCCAGGGGGACUUUGGGGCUGCCUUCACAAUCAGGUACCAGCAGGAGUUUGGUUUCACUAUCCCCAACCGGGCCAUACUGGUGGAUGACGUCAGGGUCAGGGCCACGGCCAGUUCUGGACUGGGACAGGAGGAACCCAUGCCAGCCAGCGAAGGGCCCCCUCGCCUGGAAACAGUGUCCCGCUGCUACUUUGAGGGCGGCUACCUGGACAUCAGUGUCUAUUUGCUGGAGGACCUCACCUGGGGCCACUCCAUCCCAGGGCCCAGCAUCCUCAUUGACAAGAACAGCACCAUCCUGGUGGAGCCCGGCUGCAUGGCCACCAUGACCCGCCUGGGGGACGUCUGCAUCGCCGUGGGCUCAGGGGCAGAGCGCCCGGUGGGCCCCCACAUCAACCCCAUCCAGCUCUCAAUUUUCUCCCACCGCUUCAUGAGCAUCGCAGAGCAGAUGGGCCGCAUCCUGCAGCGCACGGCCAUCUCCACCAACAUCAAGGAGCGCCUGGACUUCUCCUGUGCACUCUUUGGGCCUGACGGGGGGCUGGUCUCCAAUGCCCCCCACAUCCCCGUCCACCUGGGGGCCAUGCAAGAGACGGUUCAGUUCCAGAUCCAGAACCUGGGACUGGACAUCCAUGAAGGAGAUGUGAUUCUGAGCAACCACCCAUGUGCAGGGGGCAGCCACCUGCCGGACCUCACCGUCAUCACCCCGGUUUUCUGGCCAGGGGAAGCCAGGCCGGUGUUCUUCGUGGCAAGCCGGGGGCACCACGCGGACAUUGGGGGGAUAACACCCGGCUCCAUGCCCCCGCACUCCCGCUCACUUCAGGAGGAAGGUGCUGUCUUCAUUUCCUUCAAGCUGGUCAAGGGUGGCAUCUUCCAAGAGGAAGCUGUAACAGAGGCUCUGAUGGCCCCUGGCCGCAUCCCGGGUAGCAGUGGCACACGCAACCUCCAUGACAACCUGUCCGACCUUCGUGCCCAGGUGGCCGCCAAUCAGAAGGGGAUUCAUCUGGUGAAUGAGCUGAUUGGCCAGUACGGGUUGGAGGUGGUCCAGGCUUAUAUGGCCCACAUCCAGGCCAAUGCGGAGGUUGCUGUCCAGGAGAUGCUGAAGGAUUUUGCCAAAGGCCGAGGGGAGCUGGGACGCCCCCUCCUGGUGGAGGCUGAGGACUUCAUGGAUGAUGGAUCCCCCAUUCACCUGAAGGUGACAGUGGACCCCCAGGAGGGCACGGCCGUCUUUGACUUCACCGGCUCCGGCCACGAGGUGUACGGGAACUGCAACGCCCCACGCGCCAUCACCCUCUCCGCCCUCAUCUACUGCCUGCGCUGCAUGGUGGGACAGGACAUUCCCCUCAACCAGGGCUGCCUGGCCCCCAUCCGGGUCAUCAUCCCCAAGGGCUCCAUCCUUGACCCCUCUCUGGAUGCGGCCGUCGUGGGGGGAAAUGUGCUGACCUCGCAAAGGGUGGUGGACGUCAUUUUCCUGGCCUUUGAGGCCUGUGCGGCAUCCCAGGGCUGCAUGAACAACAUCACCUUUGGGAACGAGCGCGUGGGAUACUAUGAGACGGUGGCCGGCGGGUCUGGGGCAGGGCCCCAUUGGCACGGCCGGAGUGGGGUCCACACUCACAUGACCAACACCCGCAUCACUGACCCAGAAAUCCUGGAGAAGAGAUAUCCGGUGGUCCUGAAAUCUUUCCAGCUGACCCCCAGCACAGGGGGGGAUGGGCAGUUCCGCGGCGGAGACGGGGUCCGGCGGGAGCUCCAGUUCCGGGAGGAGAUGGUGCUGUCGGUGCUGAGUGAGCGGAGGGCUUUCCGACCCUAUGGCCUGCAAGGUGGCAAGAAGGGCGCUCCAGGACUCAACCUGCUCAUCCGACAAGAUGGCCGGACCAUCAAUCUGGGAGGGAAGACCUCUGUCCCAGUGUACCCUGGGGAUGUCUUCCGUCUGCAGACCCCCGGCGGAGGAGGCUUCGGACCACCAUCCGCAGCCCAGCACCCUCUGCAAGCCCCUUCAUCCCCACCUGCAGGCCGGUGCUUUAUUGAACGAGGAAGCCUCUUUGACUACCGCCUGGCCCAGGAGAUGGCAUGAGGAACCCCAAGAUACCCACAAAGACGUCCAGCCCCAUGCGUUGGCCAUUGGCACUCUGGGCAAAGGGAGGGUGGUGGCAUAGAUAGAAAUAUUAGGAAGGCUGGGGCCAAGGUAGCUGUCGGGGAGGAGUGGAUGAAGGCCCCUAUUCUGGUGGCCUGUUUGCCUGAUUCCUCCUGCCCAUGGGCCUGGAAAGGAAUGGGUGCUUGGGGUGAGAAAGAUGACUCAACUUCUGCCAAGGAAGUUUUGGCGGAUGGGUGCCAGGAGGAGAAGCUCCACUUUAUGUCACAAGAGGGCAGCAGGGUCUGAAUUUGGGUUGUCCAGCAUAUACAUUAUGUGUGGCUCCAGGACGGUCACUCCAGACUCCUCAGAAAGUUUAGGAUCUUGUUCAAGCCAGGAAGCCUGGUGCCUUAUUCCUCUCCUCUUUCUUUGUGUUGCCAUGCUGCCCCACAGCUCUGCCUCCAUCCCAGCCAAGCUGCCUUCUCCCCAAACACUCCUUAGACUAAGUGCCUUCUUGAACUGCAGCAGCCAUGCCAGGGCAAAAGAGGUCUCAUCCCAGUAACCUCUGCCCACCUCAUUGCAUGGCUCCCACUUCUUCCGUCAGGAGCACGGGGUGCCAUUUGGCCAACUUGGUUUUUGGCUCCACUUUGACAUCUGCAGAGUUAAUAAAGUUGGUGCUUGCUGUUUGGAAUCUG